UCAUCAUAGUAUAGGGCGUGAUGUCGUUAACGCUCUGUUUGGACAAAUACCGAAUUUUAGCGACAACAAAUUUGAACCAAAAGUCAGAGAGAAUUGCGAGAGAUAUGAUGUGUUUGAGUGGCAACCAAUGCAAUUGCGCUGUUGUUCUUCUUCUUCUUCCUCUUCAUCCUCUUCUGUUACAUCUUUCUAAGCUCUCUCAUUUUCUUCUGCACCCAAAAAUAUGGCAAUGGGGUUGCGUCCUAAGCUCAAUCAUGGCAAUUCUUCACUCCCUCGUUCUCCUCCUUAUCUCUUCUCUUCUGUUUGUCUCUUGGCUUUCCUCUCUCUCGCUGCCCUUCUCGUCCUCAAGGUUGAUGAUGUUGCAUAUCAAACAAAAACAGUUGCUGGACACAACUUAAAGCCAACACCAUGGCAUUUGUUUGAGCCAAAAGUCUUUGAUGAAGGAACAAGCUAUUCCAGAGCUACUAAGAUUGUACAAUGCCAAUAUUUCCAAUGCCGCUCUAAUGCCAUCCCUAAUUUCCCACAACUUGACCUGUCUAAACUGUCAUCAUGUCCAGAAUUUUUCAGAUAUAUACACAAAGACUUGGAGCCAUGGUCAAAAAGCAAAAUAAGUUUAUCCCAUGUGAUGGAAGCAAAGGAGUAUGCAGCUUUUCGAGUUGUUAUUGUUGGAGGUCGAUUAUUUGUGGACUUCUAUUAUGCUUGUGUACAAAGUCGUGUGAUGUUUACUAUAUGGGGGUUGUUACAGCUUCUUAAACGGUAUCCUGGCCUGGUCCCUGAUGUUGAUUUGAUGUUUGACUGCAUGGACAAGCCUGCAAUUAAUAGAACGGAGCAUAGUUCAAGGCCAUUGCCAAUUUUUCGGUACUGCACUACUAGUGAGCAUUUCGACAUCCCAUUUCCUGAUUGGUCGUUCUGGGGAUGGCCGGAGGUGAACUUAGGACCCUGGGAUGCAGAGUUUAGAGAAAUAAAAAGAGGUUCCCGUUCUAGAAGCUGGCCAAAGAAAUGGCCUUACGCCUACUGGAAAGGAAACCCGGAUGUUGGCUCUCAAAUUCGCACAGACUUAAUACAGUGUAACGAUACCAAGCAAUGGAGAGCACAAAUCCUUCGUCAGGAUUGGGGAGAAGAAGCAAGAGCUGGGUACAAGAAAUCAAAACUAUCUAAUCAGUGUGAUCACAGGUAUAAAAUUUAUGCUGAAGGGUUUGCCUGGUCUGUAAGUCUCAAGUACAUACUAUCAUGUGGGUCUCUUACACUGCUUAUAGCUCCUCAGUAUGAAGAUUUCUUUACCCGUGGCCUUCUACCAAACAUAAACUACUGGCAUGUACCCCGUACUGAUCUUUGCCCAAACAUAAAGCAUGCUGUUGACUGGGGUAAUUCACACCCUGCCGAGGCUGCAGCUAUGGGGAAAGCUGGUCAAGAUUACAUGGAUACUUUGAACAUGGACCGUGUAUAUGAUUACAUGUUUCAUCUCAUUAUGGAGUAUUCAAAGUUACAAGAUUUUAAGCCAAUCCCACCACCAUCAGCCCAGGAAGUGUGUAUUGAAUCUUUGCUUUGCUUUGCUGAACCAAAACAGAGGCAAUUCUUAGAGCAGUCAGCUACAUCUCUCGCGUCUAUGCCCCCAUGUGUCCUCCCUAAUGCUGACGGGAGGAUACUGAGUAGGUGGAAAAGGCUAAAGGACGGAAUGAUGAAGAAAAACAUCAAACAAACGUAAUAGACCGAGCACCAUCGUUUCAGCCAUCGUCUAAGUUACAAGGUAGCUAUUGUUAAUGAGGUAUCAUUAAAGAAAGAAGGCUACACAUAGCACAUAUUGAUAUGUUCUCUUUCACACCCCCCACCCCCUCUUCCUGUUUGAUGGUGGGUGUUUAUGUUACACAAGUAUAUAGCUCUUUGUUGGAGAGCAAUUAGGAAACACUCCCAGGGACUUUUUAGUCCAAUCUUGAGGCGAAUUCUUUGAUAUUUUGGGUAGAUAUACAGAGUAAUUCAUGUAAGGGUAGUUUGGAUAUUCACAACAAAAUAAGAAGGGUAGUUUUGUAAUAAAAAACGUGAAGUUGGACUUUUUAACGCCUUAUGGAUCGAUCAACCAAGAGUUUUUCGUGAUUGGAAAAACUACUCGUAGCAUAA